GCAUGGGGGGAGGGUUCGCUUUGAGUCGGGGGAAGAGGGGAUGGGGGCGGACAACCGACUAGAUGUCAGUGUUACACUCAUAUCUAGUGUGUAGUGUGUCUGCAUGUAGUGUGUUUGCAUGUUGUUCCUUUAAUUAUAGCGCUACCGUCUGGCUUAUUUGGGUCAUUGCUUGUGAAGCAUUUAAACAUCAUGUCCAGUUAUGGGGACAAAUUUCAUGUCUUGAGCUGGAUGACAAAUAACAUGGACUCAACCCCUGUUUGUGGGACUAUGGUAUUGUGCUUUAGAUUGAGUUAAGUUCAGAGUUAGCCUGGGGGAAGGUGACUCAUUUUUUUAUUUUAUUUUUUUACAAUUAAAAUAAAAGCCUGUCUUUAGUUUUGUAAAACUGUCAAACAUCCUUUAUACUAACUUGCCUAUCACUACAGAGCACUCUAAUGUAAGCCCUCAGGAAGCGUCUGGGUCUGAUGAUAAGUCGAGGUAACUUGAGGUCGCUACAGAUAAAACUACAAAAACAGGGUGUUUGCUGUAAAAUGAGACGACACUGAUCAAGAACUGCACAAUUUUUACAAACAAAAGUUGAACUGAAGUCAUAGUUUCACUUUCACACUGCUUUUCUGACCAUUUUGUCAGAAGCUUUUAUACGAGACUGCAUCAUUUGCUCCACAAAACUAAUUAAGGACAUUAUGUUCUUCCACUUCUUACUUUUGAUGACUUGUUCUGUGAGGUUUCUGCACGGCUCCCAUGUGUCCCAUUGUGAUGAAAGCUGUGCAGAUAAACCUGUGUUUACGCCGUCCCAACUGGUAGUCAGGUAUGGCAGCUCAGCUUCUGCCACGUGCUCUGUGUGUCAGCAUGCUUGCCUCACACAACUAAGUGGUUUGGAGGUAUCUGUCGGACGGCUGAGACAAAAUGGAACCAUGAUAUGGUGGCAGGUUAAGAGACUGACUGAAUGGGACAUGGAUGCAGCAUGCUAUUAUAAUAUGGAUGACAGACAGUGUUGUAGCACACUGCCAGUGACCGUCUACAAGCCUCCAGAUAAUGUGUCAAUCAGCUUUGUCGGUCACACUCUGGAGUGUAUAGUCCAGAACGUUGCUCCUGUUAAAAACCUCACUGUGACCUUCUACAGAGGACAGACAGCACUGGAUCAACAGUUCAGCAGCAAUGCAAAUAAGAAACCAAUAAUUGCGAGCUUCACUUUAGACAUUACCACCAGUAAAAAAGUUAGCGGAGGACAGUACUGGUGUGAAGCGAAGCUAGAUCUGGGACCCGAAGGCCCACAGCCUCCUCCAGUGAUGAGCUCACAAAACAUCACUGUUGCUAUGGAACAUCUUCCAGAUCCAUCCGUCAUCCAAUCAGGAUACCUCCAGCUCUUUUUAAUUCCCAUAGUAACUGUGAUCAUCAUCAUCACCAUCAUUGUCUUCAUCAUCUUCAAAUCUUCAUGAAAGGUUUCCAUGAAAUUAGUGUUUGAAGCCACAGAGUCUGGUAUAAUUAUGUUUAAUGUGCUUUUUAUUUUAUUUUUUUGACUGCUCUAGUUGUUUUUUAUAUUUCAAAAUGAAACAAUGCAAAUCAAAAUUUUCAGUUUAGACUCUAAGAGGGCAGCCUGCUGUCGUGCAAAGUAUUUUUGAGAUUUUACCACUAGAUGGCGGUAGACUGACUAUGAACACAACCCUUCUUCUUGCUCCCAUGUUUUUAGGUAUUGACAGUAAGUAAAAUAAUAUUUCACACACUUUUGAGUGCCAAGAUAAUCCCUGCACCUGACAGGUGUGGCAUAUCAAAACACUAAUUGAACAGCAGUUUGCGUCUGCUUUGGACUGGUCACUCUAACAUCUAAAAUGUGCAGUUUUAACUCAGAAAAAAGACUACAGGGCUACAGAUACCAAUUUCCCUUACUAAUAUUCAUUGUCUUUUUUGAAAUAUCCAAGUAAACUAAUCUAAAGUGCUCAAUAACAAAUGUUUUAACAAGUCUGUGAACAAUAUUUGAGAGAAAUGUACUUCCUUUGUGCAAAGAAGAAGUCUUUUUUUU